AUGGCGGAUUCCCCCUCGUUCCGCCGCCACCCGCUCGCCUCCUCCGUCGACCUCGUCCGCUGGCUCCCUUCCUCCUCCACCUCCCCUUCCGGUCGCCUCCUCGCCGCUGCCGUCCACGACCCCACCUCCGGCCCCGCCGCCUCCAGCAUCCACCUUCUCCCCCUCUCCGACCCCGGCUCCCCGCUCGCCUCCCUCCAGCUCCCGUCCCGCGCCACGGCACUCCGCUGCUCCCCUGCUGCGCUCGCCGCUGCCACCUCCUCGGGCUCGCUCCACUUCCUCCCCUCCUCGUUCGACUCGGACGCCGCAGUGUCCGUCCCCGGCGGCGCGGGUUUCCAUGUGGGCCCUGUCCGGGGCCUCGACUGCGGCGAGGAGGAGUGGGUCACGGCGGGGGAGGACGGAAGAGUGCAUUUGGUCGGCGGUGCAGCGGACGGGAGAGUGGUGGCGAGGAGGUUGUGGGACGGGAAAGGAAUGUCAGGGUAUGAAGCCGCCAGGUGGGCGUCGCCGGUGGAGUUCGCCACGGGGGGCGCCGGAUGUGGUGUGCAAUGGUGGGAUAGGAGGAAAGGGGACGCCGUCGUGGCGCAGUGUAACGGCAUCUGGGGUCGUGGCAUAGUUACUGGAAUGGUGCAUUCCAUUGACAUUCAUCCGUCAAGAAAGCAUAUCUGUGUGGUGGGAGGGUCAUCAGGGACCAUAUUUGCCUGGGAUCUGCGGUGGCCGCAGCAGCCAAUACCACUCUCUGGUGUAGGCCUUAAUGGAACAGCUGAGCCUGUGUGUGAAAGUGAGGUGUGGGAGGUUCUUUUUGACACUUACACUCAGUCUUCUGAUAUCAUCUCGUCUGCAUCCGCAAGAAUAUUGCCAGUGAUGAUGUGUUCAGAGGAUGGGAUCCUUGCAGUUGUCGAACAAGAUGAGAGACCUUUUGAAUUGCUUGCUGAAGCUUGUGCUAUCAACUCCUUUGACAUAGAUCCUCAGAACCCCUCUGAUGUUGUUUGCGCAUUGGAAUGGGAAUCGAUUGGUGUCCUAACUCGUGGUAGAGAUGCAAUGGCAGAAGAAUGA